AUGAGGAGGGUCAAGGGGCUGGUUUGCCUGUUCUCACGCCCAACCUUCAGACCCAGCCCCAGGAAAGUUUCCUUUCUAGGAGGGAGAGAAGCGAACAUGGCAGCGCGUUGGUGGCUUUGGUGUGUCUCUGCGACCAUGGCGGUGGCACUGCUGCUCGUUUACGGGGUUCCUUCAGCCUCUGCCCAGAGAAAGAAGGAGAUGGUGUUAUCUGAAAAGGUUAGUCAACUGAUGGAAUGGACCAAUAAAAGACCUGUAAUAAGAAUGAAUGGAGACAAGUUCCGUCGCCUUGUUAAAGCCCCACCGAGAAACUACUCCGUUAUUGUCAUGUUCACUGCUCUCCAACUUCAUAGACAAUGUGUCGUGUGCAAGCAAGCUGAUGAAGAAUUCCAGAUCCUGGCAAACUCCUGGCGAUACUCCAGUGCAUUUACCAACAGGAUAUUUUUUGCUAUGGUGGAUUUUGAUGAAGGCUCUGAUGUAUUUCAGAUGCUAAACAUGAAUUCAGCUCCAACUUUCAUCAACUUUCCUGCAAAAGGAAAACCCAAAAGAGGUGAUACAUACGAAUUGCAGGUGCGUGGUUUUUCAGCUGAGCAGAUUGCCCGGUGGAUUGCUGACAGAACUGAUGUCAAUAUUAGAGUAAUUAGACCCCCAAAUUAUGCUGGACCCCUUAUGUUGGGAUUGCUUUUGGCUGUUAUUGGUGGACUUGUGUAUCUUCGAAGAAGCAAUAUGGAAUUUCUCUUCAAUAAAACUGGAUGGGCUUUUGCAGCUCUGUGUUUUGUGCUUGCUAUGACAUCUGGUCAAAUGUGGAACCAUAUAAGAGGACCACCAUAUGCUCAUAAGAAUCCCCACACAGGACAUGUGAAUUAUAUCCAUGGAAGCAGCCAAGCCCAGUUUGUUGCUGAAACACACAUUGUCCUUCUGUUUAAUGGUGGGGUUACCUUAGGGAUGGUGCUUUUAUGUGAAGCUGCUACGUCUGACAUGGAUAUUGGAAAGCGAAAGAUAAUGUGUGUAGCUGGUAUUGGACUCGUUGUAUUAUUCUUCAGCUGGAUGCUCUCUAUUUUCAGAUCUAAAUAUCAUGGAUAUCCAUAUAGCUUUCUGAUGAGUUAAAAAGGAUUCCAGAGAUAUGUAGACACUGGAGUAAUGGAAAUUGAAAAAUGAAAAACGUGCGUGUGAAAGGAUGCAAUUUGUGUAUUUUGUAUUACCUCUUUUUUUCAAGUGAUUAAAAUAGUUAAUCAUUUAACCAAAGAAGAUGUAUAUAGUGCCUUAACAAGCAAUUUUCUGUCAAAAUCAUGAAGUAUUUGGAUACAAUUCUCUUAACCUUCCCUUCCCGGUAAACUUUAUGGAACAUUUAAUUUAGUUGAAUUAAAUAUUUUAUAAAAAUUUUAAAACUACUACUUCAUUUUAAUUAGAACAAAGUUCAGAACUGCUUUAGUUAUUAACUUUUGGCAAUCUGAUUUUUUUGUUAUCUUAUCCAAAGGUGAGGGAAAAAGUCGUGACCAGAUGUUCCUGCAUAUGCCUGUUACAGAUAAUAGCAUCAGGAAUCCAUUCUUAGCUUUUCCAUCUUUGCAUGGGUGUGUAUACUUUCCACAUCUUUCCUUUUGGGAAAGAAAUCAUAUGUGCUAUGUGGUCUUCUGAAAAUGGAACACCAUUCUUCAGAGUAUACAUCUAGCCUUUAGGAAGAAAGACUAGCCAGUCCUCCUCUUCCCCCAUCUUUCCUCCUGAAAUACUGUGGAAACUAUGCUUCUUGGUAGCUGUAGACAUUAAGAAGUAUCUCUGAGUACAGGAUUAUAAUUUCUGCAUGAAUAGUGUUAACUAUCUUUCAUUUGAAACAAUUUCAGGUUCAUUCUGUCUCCCUAGUUUACUUUUAUUUAAGGUGACCCCUCUCUAAUAAAAGUGUAGCUUAGCACUAAAAUCAGUGUAAAUUAAAAAUGGUCUAAAAUGUUUCUGCAAAUUAGAGAUUAUCACUUCUUUCAUUCGUACGUAAGAGAAAAAGAUAGGUUCAUCUGGUUAAGUUGAUUUCUGUACUACAAUUAAAACAUAUUUCUUUAACCCUUGUGUUAAGGAAAAGGACUCCCCUAGAUUGGGAAAAUAAUUUAAUCAUGAAAUAUUAAGUUGUUGUCUAUGAAUAGAAAGUAAAUGGUUCUUGAAAGCUAUUCUGUUUUUUGCUGUUAUUUUAGCCUUCAUUUUCUCACUUUAAGUGGAGAAACAAAGUGAUAUUUGAAGUGGUUUUGUUUGAGUUUUUGUCUUUUCUGUCAGUGAAAAUAACCAUAUGUGCUAACCAAAUUUCUGUGAAGAAUGAACAGAAAUGGUUAUCAUUAGAUCUAGCUAUAACCUGCCCCAUAGUUAUGAAGAGUAUCCUGAAAUGCCAGUUAUGGAAAUAUGAGAAUUCUGAUUGUGAACAAAAUUUUAAGGAAAUCUUAGAAGUAUUACCUUAAAAUAAUACUGUGACUGCCUGAUACUAUUUACAAUUUAAUAACUCUCCCAUGUGGUCUAGAAAUCUUAUAUAAUAGAAUUUUGAAGAAAGAGAUGGAUAUAAUUGCCUAAGAAGAAAUGUUUUAUGUGGGGUUUUUGUUUUUGUUAGUAGAUUUGGUUGCUGAGGGAAUAUAGUUCACCUUUUUACUCUAAUGGAGCUCGUUUUUGUUACUCACCUGUAAAUUGUGUGAUUCUGGAUUCCGUAUCUGCUGUUAUACUUGUCUCAGGCCAAAUAAAUUUAUGCUGUGAUUCUUAUGAGACCUGUAUGAAUAUGCCCUGCUUUGUACAGACUAACCAGGGGAAUAUUACUGCCAUGUAAUCUAUAUAGUCCCAGAUAAUUUGCCAUAAGCAUCAAAAGAAUGUCAGUUUUUUGUAUUUGUUUUGUCUCCCUUUCUCUGUAAGGAGAGAAGUUGCAUUCUGGCUAAAAUCUGUAGAAAGCAGAUUUACUACAGUUAGAAUAGUGUUACUUUUGUGGAAAUGUUGAAAUUAGCUUUCAUCUGAAGUGCCUUAAGUAGACUCUUAAUUUACUUUUCUAGUAAUGGUUUAAAUAUUAUUUGUUAUGCAUUAAAAAUGCUAUUCAAAAUGGCACAGUGUAGUGGCAAAGAUAACCAAAUGUCUGGCUGUUUGCUUUUUGAUUGUAUCAAUAAACUUUUAUAAUCUAAA